AUGUCUUCGCAGUCUGGCCAUCCCAUUUCUCCUCCCCCAGUCCCUGCGUCGACCGCCGCUUCUGGCGGUGCUGUGCGUCGCCAUCACACUAUCACUGCUGCAUCGCGAUCGACCAGGCCAACUUCAAAAAUUGCUAUCUCAGAGCUCGAAGACCCCCAAGGCGAGCAAAUCUGGGCCGAAGAUGAGCCUGUCGACCACGACUGGGUCGGAGGCAUCGGCGCUGUAGGGGAGAAGUCCUCUCUGCACCGACAGGCAUCUCUCCCAACGCGUUACCAUCGGGCCUUUGGUGGUCAACCUGGCCGCCAACCCGGCUCACACACUCCGAGAACCCUGAACAGCCUGUCCGCUAUCGCCGGGCAUGAAGGCGACGAGGAGGAAUGGGAGAAGGAGAUGCGAGGCCUCCGAGAUGAGGAGGAGCAUAUGACUGUCUCGGACCAUGGCCACCAUGGCAUGGACUCGUCCUCGUCGGCUGCAUCGCCACUGUCACCACAUUUUGGCAGCGGUCUUCCCCAAGGUCCUUCUCCGCCUCCGAGCGGCCAGGCUGGGGUUCGCCGCCACCAGAGUCUCAACUACCCUACCGCCGCUGCCGGUGUGCGUCACCUUACUUCCGGCCUCAAGCGUGCAGGCACGAUCCAGGCAGGUCCGGUCAAGAGUCAAGCUAAGGGCAUCUCGUACUCUGGUGCCCAAAGUCCCAGUCCCACCAAUGCUGAGGAGGAGUACGAUAAUGACAGCACUUACGCAGAAGAGGAUUCGUACUUCGGAUCAUCCGGGCAACAUGGCCAAGGUCAGUACCCUGGCAGCCCCAUGGGUAGAUCGUCGCCUUGGAGUACGCCCGGAAACGACUGGCGCAAUCAAGUUAGCGGAAAUGGCAACACGGGCAUCGACGAAGUCUCGAUGGCGUUGUCUGCUAUGGAAAUAAACCAACAGUAUAACAUGAACGCGGGCAACUUUCAGCAAGGACAGUCCACGCAUCCUCCGCGCUUCAAUCCGUCCCACCCGCCACCCAUGCAGGCACCCGGCAUGCGCAGCGGUUCUGGUAGUAGCACCGGCUCAUCCCGGAAGCUGCAACUCGUUACUGACCUCGAUGGGCGCAACAUGCAGAACGCCGCGCAAAGCGCAUCCGCAUACGUUCCGCCUAUCGGACAUGCAUUGUCACCAGUUUCCCAGGCACGCGAGGAGCAACAACAACAGCAGCAGCCACAGGCACACACGGGGCGCGACCGGGCAUUCACCGCCUCUGGUACAUCCACCUGGGACCAGAAGGAGCGGAUUCUCGGUGGACGCGCAUCGAACCCCAGCCUGCACCACUUGUAUCAGGGCGGCAAGAACGGCAACGGGGGCGAUGUCCCGAAUGUUCCGCCUAUCCCAUCGCACUAUCUCAACCAGAGUCAGGCUCCCCGUAUGGGAAUUACUUCUCCAAACCUCAGCCAGGCCAGUGCGCACAGUCGCGCGCAAUCCCAGGGCGGCUCUCAGAGCGGCCCUCUAGACAACUUUAUUGGCUCGCCGAUCGACGUGCCAACUUUGAUUGCCACGAAAGGCUACAACCCCGUUGACUUCGACACGAGGCCGCUGUUUGCGCGGUACUUCGUUAUCAAAUCGUACACGGAGGAUGACGUCCAUAAGUCGCUCAAGUAUGAAAUCUGGAGUUCUACGGAUCCCGGAAAUAAAAGAUUGGACAAGGCCUUCAAAGAGACCGCUGGUAGGGGUCCUAUCUACCUCUUCUUCAGCGUCAAUGCGAGCGGGCAUUUCUGUGGAAUGGCGGAGAUGCUAACACCUGUUGACUACACCCGUAGCAGCACUGUGUGGGCUUCGGAUAAGUGGAAGGGCGUUUUCAAAGUCAGGUGGAUCUUCGUGCGCGACAUCCCCAACGCGAACCUCCGGCACAUCAGACUGAACAAUACCCAAGAGCGCAAGCCAGUCACGAACUCGCGUGACACUCAAGAGCUUUUGCCAGAUGCCGGUCAGGAGAUGUUGCGCAUCUUCCACACCCACCCGGCGCGGACGUCGCUCCUGCAGGACUUCGCUUUCUAUGAGCUACAAGCUAUGCAGAAGGUGCAAGCAAGCCAAGUCCAAGUUCAGCAAGGCGCGUCAUCGCCCUCACAGACGCCCAUGACCAUGCAGUCGACCGGCCAAGGGCAAAUGUCGCCCACCGGCACGUCCGGACAGCACCCAUUUGCGAUGUCUAACCCAACCGCUCUCGCUUAUGCCGCGCAACACAUGGGGAUGCAACAGAUGAACAUGAACAUGCUCGGUAUGAACCCCCUAAUGCAGAUGCAAAUGAACAUGGGCGGCAUGGGCUCGCCGUUCGCGAACCCACACGCCAUGCAGAGCGUUAUGCGGCACCCCAGCCCCGGACCCAUGCCCGUCGUCGGCGGGCAGAACUAUAUGAGCCUUGGUGGCAUGCCUGGGUUCUAAAUCCUUCCGCAAAUCAUCUCAAAGAACACCGCAACGAUUUAACGAAUUCCUUGAAUACAAAGCCUGGCGCGAGGCUCAACAACCCUCCUUCUCUCUUUUCUGAUUCUCUUUUUGUAUGCUCCUCUGACUUAAUCUGUAUCACCAUCGCCGGCACCGGUUGCUCUAUUUGCUUCUGCAGCCUACAGUUAUCAUAAUCAACUGGCUCGCUCACAUCCCAUCUUUCUUUCGUCUUCUCUACUUCUACUCCUGCUUGUUUUCAGAUUUGCAACGUACAACAUCGGGACGGUACCAACGGACGUGGAUAGUCUCGAGUGUUCGCAUGUAUUUGUCCUGCAAUCCCAGUACUAACGUACGCGUACGCCGCAACGCAAUGUAGUCUUCGCGCGCGUAGGUAGUGAUGUAUAGAUCCUUGGCCUCUCUGUUGACAAGCAAUAUGUAUGCCAUUUAUUCAGUCCA